UCAAAUAAAGUUUACAAAACUAAAAUAAAGUUUUUUGUUUUAUGUCAGGAAUUUCGCGAACACAAUGUUGCUUAUAGGCAACAUUUGGCCAUAGUAGCAAUAAUAUUUUGUAUUUUAUUCUUUUAGAAAUGCGUCCAAAAGGUCUUACAGAUCUAGAAAUAAAACAGAUAAUAAACUUCGAUUGGAAUAAUUCUGAUGAUGAAGAAGAUGAGGAAGAAGAAGAAGAGUUAUAUGAUUCGAAUCUGGAGAAAUUCAUUGAAGAAACGAUGGAUAAAGUAUUGGAAAGAGGGGAAAACGUUGAAAUAAAUUUGAUAGACGGUAUUGUUGGAGAAGAUGAGCAUGCUGAUGAAGAAGUUGAAAAUGUUGCGGACACAGAAAACAUCGCCGAGGUAAGUUAUGAAAAAAUCAAUCUGGAGAAAUUGAGAUGGAGGAACGCGGGCCUAACCGUUUUUGAAACUGCUUGGAAAGAAGAUCAAGUUUGUCGAGAAGUCAAAGUGCCAAUCAAAUACUUCAAUGAAUUCUUCGAUGAUGAAAUAAUAAACAAGAUUUGCAACGAAACAAAUCUGUAUUCAAUGCAAACUAAAGGAGUAGAGCUAAACUGUUCGCCAUUCGAAAUUAGGCGAUUCUUUGGUGUACUUCUUUAUUUAGGCAUUAUACAAGUUCCAAAUUUGAGAAUGGCUUGGAUGCCAAACUUCAGGUUAACGGCUGUUGCAGAUUCUAUUUCAAGAGCGCGUUUUGAGAAAAUCAAAGAAUCUUUCCACAUAAAUGAUAAUUCUCAACAGCCGGAGCGCGGAAAAGUUGUAUAAAAUCAACCACCGUUCCAAGAAGUGGUAUAUGCGUAUAGUGUACUGGUGUCUUAGCACAGCAGUAGUCAAUAGCUGGUUGAUGUAUAGAAGGGACCUAAAAAAUCAAGCUGGGAAAACGAAACAUAUGUCAUUGUUAAACUUUCAACUGAUGAUAUCAAACGAGCUUUUACACGCGUCUGAUAUGGAGCCAGUAAACCAACGCAAAAGAGGUCGCCCAUUGGCAGCUCUUUCAAGCAUAGACUCAGAUUCAUCAUCACCGUCGUCUCCAGCACCAUCAAAUAUUUCAAACGUUUCAUCACAAGGUUCAUCGCAAUCUACAAAACGAUCAUAUAUAUCUAAACCUCCAAAAUCCAUGCGCCUCGAUCAAGUCGGUCAUUGGGUUGAAUGGGGAGCAAA